CCAGACAAAACCAUCGAUUGGCUGGCGAUAACAGCGCAAGAGGAAUAUCACAAAAAAAUAACCUUUUUCAUUUCAAGACAAACAUGUAAAAAAAUAUGAGUUUAGCAGAGUUUACAGCGACCAAGACGAGAAAAAGCACACGCAGCUCUGCAAAAGACAACCACGACGACGAGUGAGUGGAGUAGAAGGACCAGGAGCGGAGUAGCAGGAGCAGGAACAGUCGACAGAGGGCGGGCGGAAAAAUCAAUCAUAGCGACAGGAAGCCAAUAAAGCCGCCGCCAUGGUGAUUGAGAAGAUCAUUGGUGACCUGGAGUCCAACAUGACGCUGGAGAACGAGGAGGCCAAGCGCAAGCUUGUGGAGUUGCUAUCCCAGAACAAGGAGCAGUGGGUGGUGAAAUUCAUGCUAGACUACUUCUUUACAACCGGAUCUCAGCGCAUUUUGGAGGUACUGGUCAAAGCCCAGGCACCACACGAUGGUUACAUCUUUGACAAGCUGGACGAUUGCCUAAAGCAGUCCCAACACCGAGUGCAGAGCCUCCAGGUGUUCUGCUUCAUUGUUCGCCAUCACCCUACUUGGCUGUACAAGAUUGAGAAACAUCGGCUGAUCAAAAGUGUUUUCAAGCUGAUGACGCACGAGAAGGAGAUAGUUCCGCUGAUGAGCGCCCUGUUGUGCAUAAUUACUCUGCUGCCGAUCAUACCGAAUUCUGUGCCCAACUUUCUCAACGAUCUGUUUGAGGUGUUCGGGCAUUUGGCCUCGUGGAAGCUGCAGAAUAGCAAUAAACUGCCGGACGAGAAGCUCGUCCACCUGCAGUUGGGUCUACAGAUGCUGUUUCACCGCCUGUACGGCAUGUAUCCGUGCAGCUUUAUUGCCUAUUUAGUGGAGUUCAUCAAGCGAGGCAACGGCGGGGGCAUCUUCCAGCAUACAAUCAAGCCGCUGUUGAACACUGUGCGAGUGCAUCCCAUGCUGGUGACGGCCACGCCAGAGACUGAGGUAAACAAUACGCGAUGGAAGGAGAUGGAGCCGCAUGAUGUGGUUAUGGAGUGCGCCAACCUAUCGCUGCCCGUCCUCUUGCCCGAGACGAGCAACGAAGACGGCAGCUAUGCGUAUCCAAUGACGCCUGGAUACAGUCGCAUGACUUCAAACACCUCGAAUACGGACUACAGCUAUCAGCUGAGGGAGUUUCAGCAAUCGAGAAAUGUCUACAACCGCUUCGAUUCGUUUGCCUCGGGUGGUGAUGUGGGUCCCAUUUGGAGUCCGCAUAACGAGAUUGCCACGACCAGUAGCGGCAUACCGCUUACACCCACCACGUCGUUUAUUUUGCCACUUCAACCGGCUAUGAACUCGCAGCUUAUGGUUGGCAUGACUGGCUCCUCGCCGCCCGAAGCAGCUGUGGAGGCCACACCGGAGACCACCCCCCUAAAGGAUAUGCGGGAUAUCAAGCAGCCGGGACGUGCGGUCAAUUCUCAUGCUGUGAGAGCAAUCUUCGCCGUAAGCCAGCCUUCUUCACCCAUGCGCAAGGACCAGCAGAGUCAGUUCAGUUUCCCGGAUGUCUCUCGCGAGGCGGAGGAGAGCAGCCACUCAUAUCUGGAGGUCAACAGAGGAACUGCCUAUGACCGUCGCCUGUCGCAGGUCAUCCAGGACAGGCAUAACGUCGAGCGAUCUGUAAACGCACCUUGUCCAAGCAGCCUGCCGGAAAUUAACUCCGAUUUAUCCCUUGUUGGCGGUUCCGUCUAUCCAUCUGUCAGCCAGGAGGUCGCUGCAGUUUGUGGCGAGUGCAACGAGACGGACCGGAACCUCUGCAGUGUGGGAGGACUUCAUAUGCCCACCAGCCGAUCCAUGCACCAGCUGGCAAAGAAGCGCCGCAAUCGCAUGGCAAGCUACAGUGGAAAUGGUUCCUGUGCGGACAGCAGAAGUUCAGCGGCAAAGAAGGCAAGUUGGAGUACUGAGGCAGAGAACCCAAUGCGACGAACCAAAUCCUGCUCGGCCCUUUCCGGAAUGCGGCAGCAGCAUCUGGAGGAGAAUGAUGACGAGGCCGAUUGUUCGAGCCAAAGACAGAGAGGGGAGAAUGGAAAUACGCAAAAGACUGGCAGCCGCUUGCAGAGGAGCGGCCGGAACCUGGCCAUUUCGGCGCCCAAGGACCCGGCUAGAAGCUGCACCCAUGCCUCCACCCAGACGGUGGAAGGACUGGACAGCGCUCCAGCGCAGUACGAGAAUUGGCUUAUUGAACUUCUGCUGGAGUGCAAGGAGCAAAGAAUCGACUAUGAAAGGAACCUUCUGUACCCGCAAGAUAUUCUGGACGAAUACAUUAAGCAUGCGAUCAAGGCCAAUGAGACCUUUGACGCCGAGCAAGGUCAACUGAUGUGCCUACAGCUGGAAUACGAAAGCUACCGUCGAUCCAUUCACGCAGAGCGCAAUCGACGACUCAUGGGACGAAGCAGGGACAAGCGCAGCCUGGAAAUGGAGCGGGAUCGGUUAAGGGAGCAGCUUAAGAACUUCGAUGCGAAGAACAAGGAUCUGGCAAACAAAAUGGAUCAGGCCAUUCGGUUGGCCAACGAGCGCCAGAACAUCCACCAGGAGGAGCUGGGCGAGAUGAGGGCUAAGUACCAGCACGAACUGGAGGAAAAGAAGUGCCUGCGGCAGGCUAAUGAUGACCUGCAGACGCGACUCACCAGCGAAUUGGCGCGCCACAAGGAGAUGAACUAUGAACUGGAGUCUCUGCGCGGUCAGGUCUUCAGUCUGGGAACCGAGCUUCAGCACACCCAGCAGCAGGCGGACAUUGGGCUGCAGUGCAAACAGGAGCUGGCACGACUGGAGGCCGAGUUCAUUAUCAUGGGUGAGGUGCAAGUGCGUUGCCGCGACCGUCUGGCUGAGAUCGAUAACUUCAGGGCCCGCGACGAGGAACUGCAGAUGCUACAAGAGAGCAGCAACCUGGAACUGAAGGAUCUGAGGCAUAGUCUGGACGAGAAGACAUCACAGCUGGAAAGCAUGAAGCACAAGAUCAGCGACCUGCAGGCCCAGCUGGCCAACAGCGAGAAGGCCAUGACGGAGCAAAAGCGACUUCUAAGCACCGUCAAGGAUGAGUACGAAGAAAAGUUUAAGUCCGUGAACAAGAAGUAUGACGUGCAGAAGAAGAUUAUUAUGCAGAUGGAGGAGAAGCUGAUGAUGAUGAUGCAGCAGCCGCAAGGAACAACAGGUCACAACACCUGUUCCCCGGACACGGACAGAACUGACAUAGCAUCAUCCAUUGAACGCAACUCACCGCUAUCCACGUCGCUGGCCUCGAGCGAGAGCUUAUCCGCCAGCCUGCGCUCCACGGAGCUGAAGAACCUGCACCAGCUAGUGGACACGCCCUCUAUUCCGGAUGUGCUGAACAGCCUGGCCGGCGGCGCUCAGUUCGAGGACGGAGUGCGUCUGCCGGCCGUGGAUUUGGCCUCCUCGGCCAGCACCGCCAGUGCCAUCAACAUCGUGCCGCACGCCUUGGACUUGCCGUCGACCUCCGGCGGCAUCGGUCACACGCUCACCCACCCACAUCCGCAUCCGCACCUGCACCUGCAGCAGCAGCAACAGGAUCAACUGCAGUAGCAGCAGCAGACGCAGUUUGUAAAAACAAAUAAGAACUAGCUUUCCUUCGCUAAACAAAUGUCUAUUGGGAAAACCCGCACAGAAAAUUUACAAAAAAAAGUUAUUGGUUCUUCAUAUUUUCAUAUUCAGUUCAAAACUAUAACUAAGGUUUAAUAAAUCGCUGACUCCACGCAAUAAUUAUAAAGGUUAUACAAAA